AUGGUUACAAGUGGCACUUGCGUGUGGAUUGGCCUGUUCCAGGACACAUGGGAAUGGUCAGACCUGUCAAACUCCUCAUUCCGUAACUGGAAAAUGGGUCAAAAUGAUAGUAAGAAUACUGCAUGUGCUUUAGCACAGGUCACCUGGCCUGGGACAUGGGAUAUGAUACCAUGUGAUGAAAAGCAUCCAUUCAUAUGCUAUGAUGAUAACCUGAUCUUGGUAAAUAGUAACAUGACCUGGAAUGAAGCCCUGAAAUACUGCAGAAUGAACUAUUUGGAUCUGGUGUCUGUCCACAAUGAUGAGAUCCAGUACUGGGUCAGUAGGAUGGCUGAAACUGCCUCCACUGAUCAUGUCUGGCUGGGGCUGCGCUUCUCCUGCUCCCUGAUAUUCUGGGUCUGGGUCAGUACAGAAAAUGUCAGCUACCAGAAUUGGGAAACAAACACUAACUUUUGUGGAAACACAGGGGCAGUACAAUCUAAAGACCCACAUUACUGGGUCAGCCUGCCUAUGACUGAGAAGCUCAACUUCAUCUGCUCCAGAUGUCCAAGUAAGGAGCCUAGGCUUCCCAUCGAUUUCCUUCUGGGUCAGGUCCAGCACCCUGCACUAAGGGAAGUAGAGGAUUUGGUGGUCAAGCACCAGACUAAGCUCAAGGUGGCUUUUGAGGGUGCCCAUGAUCAGUUGUUGACUGCUGCUGGUCACCUAAAGGAACAGGAUCAUCACCAGGGUUGUGAUGUGCCUUGCAGGUGA